GAGAGGGUGAGCCAAUAAAAAGGGGCCUCAGAGACUCGUCUCCUCCACACAACGCCAUUAGGUCUUUGUCUUUGAGCAUUUCAGCGAAGAGCUCAAGGCGGAGACCCCUCGCAGCCACCGAGUCCCUCUCUCUAUCUCUCUCAUUUUCUUCACAGGAGAAGACACAAUGGUUGAUCAGGUUCAACACCCUACUGUCAUGCAAAAGGUAGCUGGCCAGCUCCUUCAGCAAUCCAUUCAGGCUUAUGAUACUGGCUUCCAAAGACAGGGGAUGUACCAGAGGCGUCCUUCAUAUGGAAACUUUUCCAAUGCUGCAUUGCAGUACCCAAUGAUGCCAGCCUGCAGGGCCGCCACUGAUCUCUCUAUGAUCCCAUCAACUGCGUCCCCUGUUUUUGUGCAAGCUCCUGCAGAGAAAAGCCACUUUGCCAUUGAUUUCCUUAUGGGUGGUGUUUCUGCUGCUGUAUCUAAGACUGCUGCUGCUCCCAUUGAGCGUGUCAAGCUUUUGAUUCAGAACCAGGAUGAAAUGAUCAAGGCUGGUAGGUUGUCUGAACCUUACAAGGGCAUUGGCGAGUGCUUCUCCCGUACGAUCAAGGAAGAAGGAUUUGGUUCACUGUGGAGAGGAAACACUGCUAAUGUCAUCCGUUACUUCCCCACUCAGGCCUUGAACUUUGCUUUCAAGGAUUACUUCAAGAGGCUAUUCAACUUCAAGAAAGACAGGGAUGGUUAUUGGAAGUGGUUUGCUGGUAACUUGGCAUCUGGAGGUGCAGCUGGUGCUUCUUCUCUUUUCUUUGUCUACUCUUUGGACUAUGCUCGUACUCGUUUGGCUAAUGAUUCAAAGGCUGCAAAGAAGGGAGGAGAGAGACAGUUCAACGGUCUGGUUGAUGUCUACAGGAAGACAUUGAAAUCUGAUGGUAUUGCUGGUCUCUACCGUGGAUUCAAUAUAUCAUGUGUUGGUAUCAUUGUUUACCGUGGUCUGUACUUUGGACUCUACGAUUCACUCAAGCCUGUUGUUCUAACUGGAGGUCUACAGGAUAGUUUCUUUGCUAGCUUUGCUCUAGGAUGGGUCAUCACCAAUGGUGCUGGUCUUGCUUCCUACCCUAUUGACACCGUCCGUAGAAGAAUGAUGAUGACCUCUGGUGAAGCUGUCAAGUACAAGAGUUCCAUGGAUGCCUUCACUCAGAUCUUGAAGAAUGAGGGUGCCAAGUCCCUAUUCAAGGGUGCUGGUGCAAACAUCUUGCGUGCCAUUGCUGGUGCUGGUGUCCUUUCCGGUUAUGACAAGUUGCAGCUGAUUGUUUUUGGGAAGAAGUACGGAUCUGGAUCUGGUUAAGAUUGUCUUGUCUGCCAAACCAAGCCAGAUAGCUUUUAGAUGGUGAUGAAAAUCUCUUUUUUUUUUUUUGAGUCUGAAGAACUUAUUUCGGCAAAAUUUUCCUUGAAUAAUUCAGUUAUAGGGGAGUUGGUCCCAAACAGAUUUUCACGUUGGGAUUGAUUUUUGUUCUCAUAAGCCGGAUUUUUACUUUGAGUGGUAUAAAUGCCACACAUUUGGAAUUUAUUCAGAUAUUAUGCAGGGCUAUUUUGGUGUG